UGCUAUCUGGAUCAGGCUUUAUCCUAGAUGUCAAGUUGUCACGUCAUAAUAUCAAAAUUAGCAAAAAUAAAUCUUUGAUAUCGAGGAAGGGAAAGAAAAUUUAUUAGAUUCUAUGUAAAUGUGAUAUAUUAAUAUAUAAUUAUGUCUAACAAUAAUGUCACCUUGCCGAAAGCACCAAAGGAUCUAUGUUUCUCCGAGCUUGAUUUCAUACAGGAAAAUUUUGAUGUUGAUAAUUUUCUCCAAGAUCAUAGAAAAAAUGGCAAACUGGAAACAAUGCGUGAUGAUCUGGGCAUAUACUUGAAAUUACUGAGAUCUGCUAUGAUUGAUUUAAUUAAUAGAGAUUACACGGAUUUUGUGAAUCUAUCCAGUAAUUUAAUUGGACUUGAUAAAGCCAUAAAUGACUUGCAAGCACCACUUGGGCAAUUAAGAGAGGAAGUCAUGCAAGUACAACAAGUUUUGGAUGAUGAAAUCAUGGCCAUUUCAACCAAUUUAAAGGACAAUCUGAAGAUAAGAGAACGUAAACAAAGUUUGCAUAGUUUACAACAUGUAUACAAAUCACUGAAGAAGCUUUCUUCUAUAUUGUCUAUGAAAACAUUCAUGGAAAAUCCUACAAAAAUCGACAUUUUGGAGCAAGCUGCAAUUGAAUUAAAUCAAUUAAAAUUUCACAAAUCUAGAUGUAAAUCGGACAUUUCAGUUGAUCAAGAGAAAGAAAGUAUAGAAUUGGAAAAUUUGUAUUUAAAUUGUCUGAAUGAGUUAUUCUUAGCAUGUAUACAUGAGAAGAAUUCAAAUUUGGCAAUCCGAUGCCUUAGAAUUUAUCUUACUCUUGAUAAAAUAACAAAUGCUGAAGAAUUGGUAAGACAUGAACUUGUAAGGCCAUUAAUUUACAAUGUGAUUAAUGAAGAGAACCUUCAAACUGAUCCGCUUGGUCUGCAAAGUAUUUAUCACAGACUACUCAAUAUUCUAAACGUAGAACUAAAACAAUUAUUAGAUAUUACACUACAUCCUGAGAGAAUAUCUGUGAAAGGAUUUAAUUUUCUAAUAAACAGCUUUUGGACUGAAGUUGAAGAAAAGAUUGAGCAAUAUAUAAAAUCCAUUUUUGCUCCAGGAGAUCCAGUAUUAUUUCAUAAAAGAUAUGUAGCUACAUUAGAAUUUUUAACAAAAUUGGAAGCGGAGUGUGUUACAUCUGAAAUUUUAAUGACACUGAGGAAUCAUCCACAAUAUAAAGGUUUUCUUAAGAAAUGGAAUUUGCCAGUAUACUUUCAAAUUCGAUUUCAAGAGAUAGCUGGUCAUGUGGAGACAGUAUUAGUUGAGCCAGUGUCGCCAGAUUCGAUCAAAGGUAGUUUGAUCUCAUUGACACAAGAAAAUUUUUCACUUCAUGCGACUGAUGUGGUUUGGGAUAAUCUGCUAAGAAUUUGGGCAGAAAAUAUUUAUUUGUAUCAAUUAUUUCACAAGUUCUGGAAACUCAGUCUUCAAAUAUGCUCGAGGUAUCAAACUUGGUGUCAAAAUGCAAUGAAACAAGUAUGGCCAAUAAUAAAUGAAACCAACAAUUCAAAUGACUCGGAGCAUUCCACAAGAUUAAAUUUUCUAGUAUAUCUGUACACUGAUAUAAAUAAACUGAUAAAUGCAUUGCCAUCUUUUUUACAAAUAGUACAGUCAAAAAUUAAAAAUGAGAAUGUUACUAUAUCAAAAUUAUUAGAAGAUUCUCUGAGUGAAACAUCAAGAAAUCUAGCAAAUUUGUUACCUUUAGUUACAAAAGAAAUCGUGAAAGAGCUUUCAGAUCAAUGUGUAACAUAUUUGAAACAAGUUAGCGACAUUCCCAGAUUGUUUAGAAGGACAAAGCGAGACGUGCCAACCAAACCUUGUCCUUAUGUAAAGAGUGCAAUAAUUCCUCUUGCUAAUUUCUAUGUAGAUUAUAACAAAAUUAUUCCUGAAACUGUUAUUCUUUGGUUGGAAUUAACUUUGUCUUCAUUAACAGAAAGUUAUUUAUUAUUUGUUACUGAUGUGUUGACGUCUGUACAAAAGACUGAAGAAAGUUUAAGAAGAUUAAAAAAGAUUCGUGAUAAAUCUACUGGAAUUCUACCUUCAGAAUCACAGGGUACUAGCGAUGACGAAAAAAUACGUAUACAACUUAGGGUAGAUGUGGAUGGUUACGCAAACAUGAUCAAAGAUCUGAAUAUCUCCACUACCAACAUACAUCAUCUGCAAGAAUUAAUAGACGCUGUAGAAGCAGCUAUUAAGAAAUAAGAUUUUCAUAACAAUUUUUAAUUACAUCAAUGUGCUGUUCAAAAAUGACUUAGUCACUCACCAUUUCGUCAAUUAUAUAAUUAUUAAUCGUAAAUCAUUCUAUCCAUAUUCUAUAUAUAUUCCCUGGGAUUUUACUUUGUUGUACA